UUGAUAGGUGUCGUGCACAUAUGAGCAGAAAGUGACGUGUGUGUCGUGCUCGUGAGUGCAGGUGUGCGCGUGGUGCAGGCUGCCGGUGCAAAAAGUGCAGUGCCCAGUGGACUUUUCCAUCCUGUGCGUGCGCUGCUUCGCCGAGUAGGCACGUAUACGCCGGUGUUCCGGUGUGAACUGAUCGGAGAACGAAUAAGACACCACACGAGUUUGGUACCAUUGCUUUUCCUAUGCCGGAUACUCGAUUGACGAAAGAACAAGCUCGUUUCAAGUAUAUCGAAGCUUUCCGGUGCGGUGUCAAAGCUCGAAAGUGCAUGUCUGGAAAGUCUAAAGCGUAAAAUUUGUUUGAAUAUCAAGUGGGAAAAAGGAAUUGAAUCGCGGUUUUCUUCGAUAGGAGAACGUCGGUCUACCAGGGAGAAGGAUAUACGUGUGUGGCAAGAAAAGGAACGAGGUAAUAAAAUUGUCUGUACCGACCUGCUUUACCGACCCACACGUUGACUCGCUGUUGGUAAAGUGCCUCCGUAGAGUGAUCUAUCGAGGAGGAAGAACGCGUUGCGGAUCGAGGAGACGCAUCAGUCGGGGAUUUCUGGUGGUCGUGAUAAGGGCGAGAGCGCGGUGUUCUGUCUCGUGAUCGACGAUAUGUGCGCGGAUCGUUCGAACUGACAUCGAACUUUUAUUUCACGUGGAGAACGAAGGAUACGGGAACGUUCCUGAAACGAUUUUUAUCGUCCGAUCGACUAGUGAGGAAUUUUUACGAAACGAGUCGCUCGAUUCUCGCGCGACAGUAGUAUAAUACAGUGUGUGUGCGACUCGGUGUAACUCGUGAGAUUAGGCGAGCACGUUUUUACCGCGAACGAUCGCUCUCUGUCUCUCUGCCGUCGCAACACGAGAACUUACUCUGUAACUAUAUCUAACUGGUCUCGAAUUAACACGCACGCUAUCAAGACGGCAGACAGGAGCCGGUUGUUUUACCGCAAUUAACGACGGUGAAGGUUACGAAGAUCCGGAGCACUGUAGACAACGACGACGACGACGACGACAACGACGACGACGCUUUUUUUUCGCGCUCUCUCCCUCUUGCAACAUACACGAGGUUGUCUUUGAAAGAUACGAGACAGACACAAGAGACAAAUAGAGGUUAGAAUCGACGCGAGGAGAGUAAAGAAGCAAGGAAAGAGGAGGAUAAACGUUAAACGGACACGUUUGCUCGAAUAGGCAUACUGGUAAUCGGAGAUCGGAGGCGCGCGCAUGUCUCUCGAUCCGCGACCGAUUCGAUCUGGAGCAUGCGCAUAAGCAGAAAACCUUGUUCGACCGCAUUGAUAUCGACGUGUUCAGAUGAUAAGCUAACUAUCGAAUAUGAAACGACACGUUUCUCCGCGGCUGAUUGGCAAUUAACGAUGCGGAGGCGAUUGGACUCGCCGGAUUCGAGCGACGACUAGAAGAGAAGAAAAAGAAGAAAUAGCAACGGAGAAAAUCAAAGAUCGCGUGUCGUCGUUUGGCCGUGAGAAUCCGAGAAGUAAUCGGGGAUCAACGAACUAUCAGCUACACACCGACACUCUCUCCCUCUCUAUCUCCCUACAGCGUCUUGGAACGAUUUUCCAAUCGGAAUAGCUGUAAAAAAAAAAAAAAAAGAAAGUCCGAACGUUGGCGACAUGCGAGUGACCUUGCAACCAGGCUCAUUGACGUUUUCACUACGCGAGAGUGAUCGAACGGCGGAAGUGGAAGAAGUAGAAUCGGUAGAACGGUCUGUCGAGUCUCGGCUAUAAGCGAAGAGAAGAGUGUGUUCCGGUAACGGAACCCGAGGGAAUCUCGGCGCACGAGUGUCUCGGGAGAACGAUGAGGGGCGACUGGAGUCGGUCGAAGGUGGCUCAGGACUCACCUGAAACUAGCAGCAACAGAAUCAGAGCCUCCGUGGAAGCGUGGAAGAAAACCUAGUCGUGGGUUUGUUGGAGCUUUUUUCAUGAUCGUGACCGGCCACAGCGAUGAAGCGGGCGUCGAGUGCAUCCGCCGCAGCUGCGACCGCUGCCUCGCAGGUGCAGCCUGCGGUCAGCUUACACGGCAGGAUACACGAUCCCUUUAGCCCGAUAACGGCGGCGGGCUGUGCGGACAAGGAGGAAUACGAGAAGCUCUCCGAAACGAAAUCCAGGACAGAAGCGACUAAAGUAACGUCGCCUAAGGGGAGCCUGACCGAUGACACGAAAGCUAAGUCCACGGCCAUGGCUCGCCUGUUAGCCGUCGACUCGGACAAUUAUAUGCUACGGAAGGGCGCCAACUCGUCGAACGUUGCCGUCGCAACUGCUACCGCCAACGCCACCGCCACCUCGACAAUUACAUCGUCCACCGUGCCCCCGACGAUCAUGCCACCGAUCGCCUCUACCUCUCUCACCCUGAACGCGAAUCUGCAACUGCACCGCGACCAUGCACCCAGGCAGAUACCGCAACCGUCUUGUAACUUUCACGCGAAUCUUUCACCGGUCGUCACCAGCAACGGGACGUUCAGCGAUUUUCAAAAUACCGUUUCUACGAUCACUGCUUCGACGACCGGUCACACGUGUACGACGUCUUCUUCUUCUACCGUCUACACCACCGAGCAACCCCACGAGUCGGUCCGACUGCUCGCGUUACCCGUACCUAAACGAUACUCCUACAAUCAGCAGCAAGUUAGCGCUGCGGUUAACCAAACGCAACCGUUCACACCUACUCGCGGUGUUUUCACGAAUUUGUUGGACGGCAGCUUGUUACCGAGGCCGAGAAACUGUUUGCAGCCGCCGUUCUUCAGAUUUCCCUCGUUCAGAUCGAGCGUGACGUUACAGAAGGACGAGGACACGUCGCUCGUGCAAAGUUCGUGGAUUAGUUCGGAGGAAUUCGCGCUUUUAUGGCCGUACGGGUUGUAUCCUUGCGCCAGGAUUGUGUCGUUUCACCGGCAGAUUUGUUCGUGCGAUUCACGUGAACCUUCGACGAGUAGUAGUGGUUUUAGUAGAGUGGCAGAGGGCGGAGGUGGCGUCGAGACGGAUUCAAUCGGUCACGAAUACGCCCUUCUGAGGCGCGGGGAAACCGGCCUCGAGCCGGUUAGGAGUAAUCUGUGCUGCUGUAUGUGCGGUUCUCUAUGCCCCGCAGAGUGCCAUGCGUGCUUCCACGUGGUCUGCUCGGAGUACAGCGGGCAGCACAUCUGCCAAUGGAGUAGCAAGGGUUCCGCGCUACCGGGCAUGGUUCUCGACAAGGACAAGCCCGUGGACGAGUGGUCGUCCCUAAACGUCGUCGAAUGGAUGGCUGCCCUUAAUCUCUACCGCUAUGCGGAUGUCUUCAAGUCGAAGGACGUGAAGGGGAGCGAUCUUCCCUAUUUGGACCGGGAUAAGCUGAUGAAUAUGGGCAUCAAGGAUGACUUCCACCAGAGAACGAUACUCGCGUGUAUCGACGAGCUCUGUAAACCGGCGACGUCGGCCACGUUGCAGGAACAACAGAUAGCCACGCCAACUACGCCGACUGCUUUGCCGGAUCCAGCCACGCCGACCACGUCUUCCGCUGGCGUGGUACCCACCGAGACGAUCACCGGUGGUGGUAGCUGCGGCGUGGCCUCCGGCAAUCCGCACACCCUCAUGCCGCAGAGCUUCAGCGUGCUGGAGAAGUGCGAUAAGUGCCAUAAAUACCUCAGGGGCCUGCUGCACCAAGGCUUUCUCUGUCUAGAUUGCGGUCUGGUGGCUCACAGGACGUGUACAGCGACGGGUUUACCCUCCAACUGCGUGCCAGUCGACUCGGAAAAUCGUGUCCGCAGAUUUGCUCCAGUAUUCGGUCUUGGCCUGUGCUCGCAAUUCGACAGCUCGUCCCGUGCCGCUCCGAUCCUCGUCGAACGAUGUACCCGUGCUCUGGAGGAGAAGGCGUACGGGGACAGCACGCUGGAUUUGUACAAAGUCUACCACAGUAGUCCUCCUAACGAGCAAACGUUGGAAUUGCGGCAGAAGUUGAACGAAGACGUGUGUACACCUGAUUUGAAUACGUAUAGUCCUCAGUGUAUAGCCAGCGUGUUGAAGAAGUUUCUCAGAGAGCUGCCGGAUCCUGUGAUUCCUGUCUUAUUUUACGACAGAUUUAUAGAAGCUUCCCACACGAAGAAUGACGAACAGUGUGCAGCAAGGCUUGGACAGCUCAUCGCGGACCUUCCGGAACAUCACCGUAGUACUUUGUUCCAUUUGAUGGCACAUUUCUGUCGAAUUUGUCAGUUACAACACGGCAGAGGGUACACGGAACCUCCUACAAUUCUCAUACAAGUGCUGUGUCAUAUUUUCGUCAGGCCUCCUUGGGAGAGGAUCUUGCAGAUCGUUCACAACAUCGAGGCUCAUAUACGCAUAAUAGAAAUCUUACUGUUACACGGCGAUUGGAACGAGAGACUGCCACAGUUCGCGAGUAAACCGCAAUUACCUCCGCGGAAAGUUUCGAGGCCGCAGUUUCCUGUUUUAGAUCCAUUCCCCGUCCUCGAGGAAGACACCUCCAUGGAACGAUCGACGUCUGUUUCCGAAACCAAGGAGCCACAACAACCUCAUAGGCCACGAACGCUACAAGAGGCAGAAUGGUAUUGGGGAGACAUCACGAGGGACGAAGUGAACGAGAAAAUGAUCGAUUCGCCAGAUGGUACAUUUUUGGUACGAGAGGCAUCCUCGAAAGGUGGGGAGUACACGUUAACAUUGCGUAAAGGUGGGACCAACAAGCUUAUCAAGAUUUGUCAACGGAACGGAAAAUACGGUUUCUCGGAGCCGUAUAACUUUCAUUCGGUUAUCGAGCUGGUGGAUCACUACAGGAACUGUUCCCUGGCGCAGUAUAAUUCCACGUUGGAUAUUAAAUUGUUGUAUCCUGUAUCUCGGUUUCAGCAGGACGACGAAAUUGCUAGUACAACAGAUAUGGUGAACGUUGCCCAGAAAUAUGUCGAACUGGACAAAGAGAUAACGGACGCGCUGAAAGAGUAUAAAGAUUUUUCAGAAAUGUACAAUAGAACGGUUUUCGAGGUGCAAUUGAAACGACAGGCGCUAGAAGCUUUCACGGAGGCCAUUAAAAUGUUCGAGGAUCAGAUGAAAUUGCAAGACAAGUUCCAGAAAGAAGCUCAACCGCAUGAAAUAUCAACAUUAACUGAUAAUGCCGAGUUGUUGAAGCGAAGAUUGAAAUCGUUAGAAGAUAGCAGGGAACAGUUAGAUCGUAGCUUGAAGGAACAGAUCGCCUAUCAUAGAACUCUCGAGAGAGAAAUGCACAAAUUGAAACCAGAACUGUUGCAGCUCGUACGUCAAAGGGACAAACAUUUGAUGUGGUUAAAAAAGAACGGCAAACAAAACAAGAUAAACCAGCUCGUAUUGAAUCAUUCGCUGUCGAAUCCUGUACUGGGUGACCUGGCGUAUGGAGAUCUUCAAGAGGUAGACCUAGAAGUUCAUUCCGACGAGAAGACGUGGCUAUGUCUCGAAUGUUCUCGUUCCGAAGCCGAUCGAACUCUUGCCGAUAGGCCAGACGGUACUUUCCUUGUUCGAACGUCGAGAACUGGACAGUAUGCGCUUUCCAUCAUGUGUAACGGUACGGUGAAUCAUUGCAUAAUAUACGGUACCGAGCGGGGUUUUGGAUUCGCUGAACCGUACAACAUCCACAAAAGUUUAAAACACUUGGUGCUACAUUACGCUCAGAAUUCUCUAGAAGAACACAACGAGAGUCUAAACACGACUCUAGCUUAUCCGGCUUUUGCCUCGCUCGCAACGCUGGCACAGUUACAGGCUCAACAGAUGCAGUUGCAGAUGCAGAUGCACACGCAGAACCAGCUACAGCUAACACGUCCGCUCGAGAAUCAACAUUUCAUGCCGCACAAGUAACAUGCUCGCGUGUAUUGAUUACCGAUUGUCGUCGGACUUCACAAAAUGAUAUUAGGGUGCAUGUUGUGUGCACGCAAGUUUUCUUGGUUACCACCGAGGUAUGAUUUAGCAAUAGAAAAAGAAAACCAAUAACUGCGAGUUUCGCGGUAUUCCUAUUCGUUUUAAUGUCGGUACGGUGGUAUGUUCUUGAAAGAAACUAACGCGCGACAAAUUGAUCGUUCCAUUUUUAUAGGAGGGAAGCGGUUAAACGCUUCCUUUUAAACGAAGUACAGUGGAGAUAAAACGGAGAAGAAACGUUGGUAGUGGUAGCGGUAGUAAUCCUCAGAAGCUAUAGUUUAUAAGGUAAUUAAUGUACGUAUGUUACCGUGGCGCAGUUAAAACAAUUGCUUCGGUCGACAGGACCAUUGACACACAGACACAUAGACACAUAGACACACAUACAUUUAGAUAUACACACUGCGUAGGUUUUACAAUUAGUGUCUCAGGGUCUUUAGACCUUCUUGACAGGUCUUGUCGACGAUCAUCUCGAAAAUUAACUUUGGCACGUGCGCGAGACCAUGAUAAAACGUCGGAAAUGGUUUUUCUGCUGUCAGUUUGUUCUUCGAGAAAGAUGGAGAAAGGGAGAAAGAAUCGUUUGGGUGUUGGUACACUUAUUCGAUCGAAUACGUCAGAAUAACAGAGGCAUAUAUCUAGUCUUACAGGCAAUUUGACGGACGAAACGGAACACACACACACACGAUACUGCAGAACGAAACAUAAGUCUGACUACGCUCAAACUACUCGCAAUUUCGAUUGGUAAUCAGGGUAGUUGCAUUUUCGAGGACAAAUUUCAUGUAUACUAAUCUAACGACUAAUAAGAACGAUGGACGCAUCCGUUUCUUUCCAAGUAGGGGGUUGAAACGGAUAAAACAAACAGAACACUCUUUUUGUAGACCGCUGUACUUCUGACUUCUUCGAUAUUUUUUGUGGAUAUUUUCCAAGACCUCCGUUUUUUGUAAAUGCGCGGGCACUGUUUACGUCGUAAAUGUCACUUAACGGAAGCACGAGAUAUUUGUCAGUGAUACUAGAGUAUAUAAUUAGACGCAAGAUACGAACGAGCCUUUCAGGAUGCUUUUACGUGACGGUUUUUGUAGCGAUUUAUAAAUAAUAAUUAAAAGUGUGUAUGUAGCGGCGUCUAUAUCGAACAGUUGAACGACUUCGACGAAAAAGAAAAAGAAGAAAAAAUAAAAGGGCUCGUAUCGACACACUUCAAUUAUUAACUAACUACUUCCGCUCGAUUUUCGAUUUAAACGUGUGCCCGCCGACACUUUCGAACUUUCAUCACAACGAAAAGAAAAAAAAAUGAGGAAAACCAAUUUUACACGGAUGCGCGGGAGCUUUUUUAUGUAAGUACGUUAGAUGUCAAAGUGCUGUGCCAGAUCUGUGUAGGCUACGUGCGUGACAGAUGAACACGUGUGUACCCGAAGACAGAAAGAUUGAGGGGAAAAAAGAGAGGGAGAAAGAUAUAGUAGGAUCGUUUCUCGCGAGGUUAAACAUAUAUUGUCUGUGAUUUUCGGAUUGCCGAGAAAGGAGAUAUAUAUA